CAUCCUGGCUUGGUCUUACGUUGUUGCUUUCAGUACUUUACAUACAACAGCUCAUCUUCUAUUUGUGGGAUUUUCACAUGCUACAUUUUCCAAUCUGUUCACCCAGAUUAAUUUGAAAAACAUCCAGUUAUGCUGCUGUAAUGCCUUGUUCAUAAGUGAUGGUCAGUGUGGAACUGCCAGAUUAGUCAUAGCUUAGAGGACGUCUACUGUAACUUAAAUAUACUUAAAAACUUAUUAUAACCACAUUGAGCAGAAGAGCAUCUUAUAAUAGAUGUAAUCGGCUACAACAGAAGAAGACUACGUCAGUAUUUUGUUGUUGUUGUUGUUUUUUUGCCAGCCAAGUACAGGAAUCUAAGGUUAAAACAUUUGGCUCACCAAAGACUAGAUAGUUGAAGACUGGAAAAGGUUUAGGCACCAACUGUUGUAGCUGUCAAGGGAGAUUAUUUUAAGUGGCAUGGAAAGAUGAGGUCUGUUUUUUGUUGACUUGAUAUCUUUGAGCUGUGAGAUUUCAUUGAAACCUUCUGAGUCCAAGUUUUUUUUUAUUCUUUUAGCAUUACGAUUUAGAGAAAUGCAUCUGAUUUUAUGGAAUGUAGCACUUUGUUUAAAAUGCAAUGAGAAAAGCUGACAUGUGACAUCACCUACAGUAAUAAAGAUUUUAGUAUGUGCCCAAGUGAUGGUGUCAUGGGUCAUGUUUGUCAGCAAGUCCAGAAAACCAAGCUCUACCAGACUUAAAAGCUAAUAAAGCUAAUUGUUUAGAUGCUCCUGGCAUACUCUCUCCCUUCCCCCUUUCCUUUCUGUCUCUCUAGUCUUUACCCACCCCUGGCUCUUCCUCUUUCUGACUCAUCAUGUAAACCCUCUCUCUCACGCUCUCUAUCUCUCUCUGAGUCAAGGCAGGUUUCUCUCAGAGUACAAAUGUUCAGUGCAAGCAGCAGUUCGCUCUGAAAUGGAUCAAUAGUGGAUGUAUGAUGGGUGUAUGAUAAAUGUAGCAUAGCUGUAUGACUGCUGUGGGAUAAUUAUGAUGUAAAUUUGAUGUAAAUGUUCUGCAUCUGGGGAUGUUGGUUCCCACCAUAAGGGAAAUCCUGCGCGUGGGCUGAAUGCAAAAGAAUGGGUGUGAAUCAGACACGUGAGUUGCCGGCAUUUGAUCAAGAUGAAGACGUGAAUUUUGACCACUUCCAGAUCCUCAGGGCCAUCGGAAAAGGGAGUUUUGGUAAGGUGUGUAUUGUGCAGAAACGUGACACCAGGAAGCUCUAUGCCAUGAAAUACAUGAAUAAACACGUGUGUGUGGAGCGUGAUGAGGUGAGGCACGUAUGCAGGGAGCUGCAGAUCCUGCAGGAGAUACAGCACCCAUUUCUUGUCAACCUGUGGUACUCGUUCCAGGAUGAAGAGGACAUGUUUAUGGUAGUGGAUCUUUUACUGGGUGGAGAUCUGCGCUACCACCUGCAGCAGAAUGUACAGUUUAAGGAGGAGACUGUAAAACUUUACAUCUGCGAGUUAGCAUUGGCACUCGACUACCUACAGUCCUGCCAUAUUAUCCAUCGGGACAUAAAACCAGAUAAUAUUCUGUUGGAUGAGCAUGGUCAUGUCCACAUCACAGACUUUAACGUUGCCACAUUACUAAAGGACUCGGCAAGUGCUUCGUCUAUGGCAGGAACCAAACCAUACAUGGCACCAGAGAUGUUCCAAUCUUUUGUGGAUGGAGGUCCUGGUUACUCUUAUGCUGUGGACUGGUGGGCUUUGGGAAUCACUGCCUACGAGCUCUUACGAGGAUGGAGGCCAUAUGAUAUUCACUCUAGCACAGCUGUUGAGGACAUCAUCAGCAUGUUCCGCUGUGAACGUGUUCAGUACUCAAACUUGUCUAAUGUCAUGGUGGAUUUGCUGCGACUGCUGCUUAAUAAAGACCCAGAGAUUCGGCUUUCAUGCAUGUCAGACCUUCAGCGCCUUCCGUACCUGGCCGAUACGAACUGGGAUGCUGUGCUGGAGAAAGCGGUUUCACCAGGAUUUACGCCCAACAGAGGACGUCUGAACUGUGACCCGGUGUUUGAGUUAGAAGAAAUGAUUCUGGAGUCGAAGCCGCUGCACAAAAAGAAAAAACGACUAGCCAAGAGCAAACAUACCAACAAAUCUUCCAGCACAAUGCCACCCCACAUGCAGCAGCGUCUAGAAGCAGUCAGAAAAGAGUUUAUUGUCUUCAACAGAGAUAAGUUACAGACACUGAGUGACAGCGGAAAGAAAGGUUCUUUCUUUCCGCUGGAAAACCUGCAGGAAGGAGACUUGACUGUCAAAACAAAAACAAUAACACACAGAGGUUUGGCGAAAACAUUCAGUCCAGAUUUACACUGAACUGUACCCUGACCUCCUUAAUACACACACACACACGGAGCAGUACACACAGCACAAAACCAGACCUGUUGCCUUACAUUGACUGUGUGUAUAUAUACACUGUGUGAACAAUUAUGAGGCAAGUGAUUAUUUUGACAUCGUCAUUUUAUCUAUAAUUUCCAACUCCAAGCUGUAUAAACUUGAAUGCUUAUUGGAUUUAAUGCAUAUCAGGUUAUGUGUAUUUGUGUAAAGAGGGAGUGUGUGGCCUAAGGAGAUCAACACACUAUAUCAAGGUGUGCAUAAUUAUUAGGCAGAUUCUUCUCCUCAGGAAAAAUGGGCCAAAAAAGAGACUUAACUGAAAAGUCAAAAAGUCUUUCAGAGCGAUGCAGCAUUUUGGGGUGUGAUCACAGAACCAUCCAAAGUUUUGUUACAGUCAACCGGGUUGCAAGAAACAUGUCGAGAAGAAAAGACGCAAAUUAACCGCCAAAGAUUUGAGAAGAAUCAAACAUGACACUACCAGGAACCCAUUAUCCUCCAGUGCCGCAAUAUUCCACAACUGCAACCUACCUGGAGUGUCAAGAAGUACAAGGUGUUCAGUUCUCAGAGACAUGGCCAAGGUAAGAAAGGCUGAAACCCUAACACCUCUGAACAAGACACAUAAGUUGAAACAUCAAGAAUGGGCCAAGAAAUAUCUGAAGACAGAUAUUUCAAAAGUUUUGUGGACUGAUGAGAUGAGAGUGACUCUUGACGGACCAGAUGGAUGGGCCCGUGGUUGGAUCCCUAACGGACACAGAGUUCCACUUCGACUCAGACGGCAGCAAGGUGGAGGUAGGGUAGUGCUAUGGGCAGGUAUUAUUAAAGAUGAGCUAGUUGGACCUUUUCAGGUUGACUCUCAGACCUACUUCCAAUUUUUAGAAGACACUUUCUUCAAGCAGUGAUACAGGAAAAAGUCUGCAUCUUUCAAGAAGACUUUGAUUUUUAUGCAAGUCAAUGCUCCAUCACAUGCAUCAAAGUACUCCACUGCGUGGCUGGCCAGUAAAGGCCUUAAAGCUGAAAAACUAAUGACAUGGCCCCCUUCUUCACCUGACUUAAACCCUAUUGAGAACUUUUGGGCAGGAAAAGCAGGAAAUUUACAGUGAAGGUAAACAGUAUACCUCUCUGAACAGUGUCUGGGAGGCUGUGGUUGCGGAAAAAAUCUUUGUUUUUCAUUUAGUUGCAUAAUAAUUCUGCACAUUAAUAGUACUAAAAGUAGUAAUAACGGUGUACAUAUAGAUAUUCGGGGGCACGGUGGCUUAGUGGGUAGCACGUUCGCCUCACACCUCCAGGGUCGGGGUUCGAUUCCCGCCUCCGCCUUGUGUGUGCGGAGUUUGCAUGUUCUCCCCGUGCCU